UGUAUAUGGAUUAUUGUGCACUCCAAAAAGUGAGGUUCUUACUCUUUUCUAAGUUAAGAGUUAUGACCAACUUUAGAUUUAGGAAUGGAGCAUUGGCUCUUGUUUUGGUAUUGCUGGUUGUAGGAUUGGCUGAAAGCCGAAAGUUGGAGAAGGAGACGCUUGGUGGUGGUGGCGGCCUUGGAGGUGGAGCUGGAGGCGGCCUUGGUCUUGGUCUUGGUUUUGGUGGUGGCCAUGGCGGCGGAUUAGGAGGUGGAGGUGGACUAGGAGGCGGAGGUGGAUUGGGAGGCGGAGCUGGUGGUGGAGGUGGAUUAGGUGGCGGAGGUGGAUUGGGAGGCGGAGGUGGAGCUGGUGGAGGAUUUGGAGGGGGAGCUGGCGGUGGAGCUGGUGGUGGAGCGGGAGGUGGAGUUGGAGGUGGAGCUGGUGGCGGAGCAGGAGGUGGAUUUGGAGGUGGAGCGGGAGGUGGAUUUGGAGGUGGUAAAGGAGGUGGAUUUGGAGGCGGAGCUGGCGGUGGAGCUGGUGGCGGAGCAGGAGGUGGAUUUGGAGGUGGUAAGGGAGGAGGGUUUGGAGGCGGAGCAGGAGGUGGAGCCGGUGGUGGAGCAGGAGGUGGAGCCGGUGGUGGAGCUGGCGGUGGAGCGGGAGGUGGAUUUGGAGGUGGUAAGGGAGGUGGAUUUGGAGGCGGAGUAGGAGGUGGCCAUGGCGGCGGAGUAGGAGGUGGUUUCGGAGGUGGCAAAGGAGGUGGAUUUGGCGGCGGAGCAGGUGGUGGUUUUGGGGGUGGAGCAGGUGGAGGAGGAGGCGUUGGCGGUGGUUCUGGUGGAGGAAUCGGUGGCAGAGUCUAAAAUCAGAUUACAUCGUAUCAAACAUGAUAUGAACAAAAGGAGUAGAUAAUCAUACUCCUCAUUAUUUGCAAACUAAUGCAUGCGGCCAGCAGAAAAUACUCAUGCAAAGACUACCAACUUUAUGACCUUAUGAUUAUGACUACUAUUUGUACUUCAAUACAUAAUAAGAGAGAGAGAAAAAAGUUUGAAAAGGGGAA